AUGCAACUUACUAGUAGUGAGUCUGCAGCCACGAUAAUAUCUGAAAGGAAGGGAUCAGGUACGAGCGGCUCAAAGCCCAGUGAUGAGCAUGCAAAUGGAGCAAAUGGUGCGGAAUCGAAGACAUCAUUUGAACACCACCAAAAAGAUAUAGACGGAGGAUACGGGUGGGUCAUAGUGCUAGCAACAUUUAUCUUGACAUUUUCUACUUGGGGACUAAAUUCAGCAUUUGGUGUCUAUUUUUCAUAUUACUUGAAUUCCAAUCAUUUUAAAGGUGCAACGGCCAUUGAUUAUGCCGCAGUUGGUGGUAUAUCAUUUGGACUAGGACUCUUUUUCUCUCCAAUAAUAAAUUAUAUACAAGGAAGAAUCGGGACUCGUCCUACAAUAUUAGUUGGAAAUUGUUUCCAGUUUUGUGGGCUGAUACUUGCUAGUUUUGCAACCAAUAAAUGGCAAUUGUAUUUAACCCAGGGUGUGCUACAAUCCUUUGGAAUUGCAUUUAUUUCUCUUCCCGCGAUGACUUUGACCCCACAAUGGUUUGUGAAGAAAAGAGUUCUUGCAAAUCUGAUAACUGUCACUGGCAGUGGAGUUGGAGGAAUAGUAUUCAAUCUUGGCCUAGAAAAGAUCAUAUCAGUCAAAAAUGUUCACUGGGCUCUAAGAGCACAAGCUAUUAUUACUGUUGUCUUAGUAUUAAUCGCAGUCCUAUUAAUACGAACCAAGUCAAAGCACCAUAAAGUAGAAUUUACUCUUUAUGACGUAGAUGUGAUUAAAUGCUCAGGUUUUUGGAUGAUUUCGUUUUAUUUGAUUACUGUCAUGUUUGGUUAUGUUGUUGUCAUGUAUAGUUUGAACGAUUUUACGGUGUCAUUAGGGAAUACUCCUUCACAGGCUGCAGUAGUGGGAACAAUGCUACAACUCGGAUUUUGUAUUGGGCGACCAUUCGCCGGUUAUCUAUCUGAUUAUAUUGGACCACUCACAGUAACUGCAGGUGGAUAUUACCUAGCAACAAUCUUUACUUUAGGUAUGUGGUACCCUGCUAAAAAUUAUUCGACUACAUUGGCCCUUGGUCUAUUUGAAGGAAUAUUUAUUGGUACUAUCUUCCCUACUUGUGCACCGAUAGUAGCCAGGUUGACUGGAAUUUCCAAAAUGAACGUCUCUUUUUGUAUGCUGUGGACUUUCUGUGGGCUUGCUGCUAUAUUCUCUCAAUUAAUUGGAUCUUCACUCACUUCAGGAAAAGGAUCCACCCAAUACCAGCAUACCGCCAUAUUUUCUGGAGUUUCUUUCUUUGCAGCUGCAACUACUAUUCUUCUUUUAAGAGGAUAUGUCAUAGCAAGAGAUAAAAUCAUCAUUUCUUUAGAAGAAGAAACCAGUGAAGAAUUUGACGUCAACAGGCUGGUAUAUGUCACUGUUCCUCCAGUAGAUGUUCUCAAACAUUGCUUUUCUUGGACAAAAAAGAGGGCCUAA